AUGGCGAAAGGGAAAGGCAAGCGCUCUUCGGGCGCAAAUGAGACCCUCGCCGAUGCAGGUGUCUCAGUUUCCCAACCCGAAUCCGCACCCGAAAUGCAGAUGCCCCAGAUAGACGAGGGCGCCUUCGCUGGCCUCCGACAAAAGAUCGAGCAACGGUUGAAGGAUCAGAGCUCUGGCAAGGGAAAGUCAAAGAAAAAUGACAAACCCAAUGCUUCUGCCCAGAAGAUACCCGCGACGAACGACAAGCAGGCUACUCCCAAGGCCGACAAGAAGCGAGAAGGCUCCGCACAAGGCAAGAAGCGGGAUCGCAACGGGGAUGUGAUUGCGAGAGAUGAGAAGAAGGGAGGGAAGAACAAGCAGGACAGGCUUGCCGCCGCAGGUGUUAAGAAGGACAACAGCAACGACACUUUGCGCCAGGAGAUUUUGGCACUGGGCGGUACUGAGGAGGACCUUGAACUACUUGCCGAUGUCGACUCGGAGAGCUUCUCCAAGAUGCUAGAAGCUGCGGGCCAUGUUGUCCCGGAGGAUCUAGCAGAGGACGAAGUAGAGGAGGAGGGUGAAGAAGUUGAGGAAGAAGCCGAGGCCGAGGAUGAUGACUUGGAGGAGGAAGAGGCACAAGACGAAGACUCGGAAGGCGAUAUUGAAGAGACUAGUGAACCCGAGGAUGAUGUUUCUGAGGCCUUUGAUAUCGAGGAAGCACCCCCCGCACCCAAGGAGAUCAAGAAGAAGGAGCCCGAAGUCGUUAUUCCCAAGGAAUUCGCGAAGCUUGCCAUUCUACCUCGUUCCGAUUGGUAUGCCAUUCCCCUGCCUCCGGUCGGCAGUGCAAAGCAAAUGAACGCCCUUCCCCGUCACCUUAUCGAUCGCAUCCACGAGCUCGCCAAUUCCCUCCUCCAGGCGGAAAAUGAUGAAUACGCCAAAGCCCAGUCGGCCUCGGCAUCUUCGUCGCACAAGUUCUACACGACCAUCAUGGCUUCCGGUACUCUCAGCGAUAAGAUCUCGGCCCUAACACUUGCCGUGCAAGAGUCGCCUCUGCACAACACCAAGUCUCUCGAGACUCUCAUCGGACUUGGAGGCAAGCGCAGCCGUGCGCAGGCCGUCGAGGUUCUUCGGUCUCUGAAGGAUAUGUUUGCCCAGGGUACUCUCUUGCCCGCAGACCGUCGCUUGAAGUCAUUUGCCAACCAGCCUGGCCUUGUCGCUGCAUUCCAGGGUGCUGGUGGACGAUGGACGGAGCGUGACCCUCUCCCUGGUGGCCUGCAGAAGAGCCACCUGAUUGUCUGGGCGUUUGAAGACUUCUUGAAGGAGCAGUACUUUGCGAUCCUCAAGAUUCUGGAAGUAUGGUGCAAUGACGAGAUUGAGUUCUCACGAUCUCGCGCUGUCAGCUACGUCUACGAGCUGCUCAAGGAGAAGCCCGAGCAAGAGGCAAACUUGCUGCGCCUUCUUGUGAACAAGCUUGGUGACCCCGGAAAGAAGAUUGCUUCGCGUGCUUCCUAUCUGCUCUUGCAGCUUGAGCAGACACAUCCUAUGAUGAAGCCUCUCAUCAUCAAGGCUGUUGAGGAGUUGCUGUUCCGACCUGGUCAGAGCCAGCACGCCAAGUACUACGCUAUCAUCACCCUGAACCAGACGGUUCUCAGCUUGAAGGAGGAGAAGGUUGCCAUGCAGCUGCUGGACAUCUACUUCGGCAUGUUCGUUUCUCUUCUGAAGCCUGCCCAGCCCGGUAAGCCCGGUCCUCAGGGUAAGCCCCAGGGUAAAAAGGGACCGAAGGGCAAGGGCCGCAACCAACCCGCCAAGGGAGAAGCCCAGGAUGAUGAGAUGCGUGAGAAGUUGACCUCCGGUGUCUUGACCGGUGUCAAUCGCGCCUGGCCAUUCACCGACGCCGACUCCGACCGACUCUCAAAACACAUCGAUACCCUUUUCCGCAUCACCCACUCGUCAAACUUCAACACCAGUAUUCAGGCUCUCAUGCUGAUCCAGCAAAUUACUGGAUCAACUCAGGUCGCCAGCGACCGUUUCUACCGAACGCUGUACGAAUCUCUCUUGGAUCCUCGUGUUGCCACCUCGUCAAAGCAGUCGCUUUACCUGAACCUGCUGUUCAAGGCCCUCAAGAACGAUUUGAAUGUCCGCCGUGUCAAGGCGUUUGUUAAGCGUAUUGUUCAGGUGCUCGGAAUGCACCAACCCGCGUUUAUCUGCGGUGUCUUUUACCUGGUCCGCGAGUUGGAGAAGACAUUCACUGGCCUCCAGUCUCUGUUUGACCAGCCCGAGGACAAUGAGAGCGAUGGUGAAGAGGUCUUCCGCGACGUGCCCGACGAGGACGACGAGGAGCUAGCACCUGCCCCUGUUGAGACCAAGCCGAAGCAGAACAACGGAUACGACCCUCGCAAGCGUGAUCCGGAGCACAGCAAUGCCGACAAGACCUGUCUCUGGGAAUUGCUUCCUUACAUCUCCCACUUCCACCCCUCUGUCUCCGUCAAUGCUUCCCGUCUCUUGGACCACGAGGUGAUGAGCGGCAAGCCUGACAUGACCAUCCACACUCUCACGCACUUCCUUGACCGCUUCGUCUACCGUACUCCCAAGGCCAAUGCUACUUCCCGUGGUACUUCCAUCAUGCAGCCUCUCGCUGGUGGUGAGGCUUCAGAUCGCCUGGUGGAUGCUGGCAAGUCUGCGUCGCAGGGCCAGCCUCUCAACUCGGAGAACUUCUGGAAGAAGAAGGCCGACGAGGUUGCUGCGGAGGAUGUCUUCUUCCACGAGUACUUCAACCGUGUUAACAAGGACAAGACCAAGGCUAAGAAGGGCAAGGGUGACGAGGACGCUACAGAGCGCGACGAGGAUGCCGCCGGUCUCAGCGACAACGAGUCUGAGAUUUGGAAGGCUCUCGUCGACUCCCGGCCUGAGCUGGAGGCUGAUGAUGACGAUGACGAUGAUCUGGAUAUGGACGACCUGGACUCUGAGUUUGACGAGGAUGAGGAUGAAGAGGACGAGGAGGCCGCAGGCAGCGACGAUGAGGUCAUCUUCAACGACGAGUCAGACGUCCCAUCCGACGAGGAUAUGGACGAGGCUAGCGACUUCGGUAUGGAGGAAGAGGUCGCUCCUCCGGUGUCGAAGAAGGCUGCCAAGAAGGAAACCAAGAAGGCUGCCAAGGUGGAGAAGGAGGAGGACUCCGACGACUUCGACAUGGACGUCUCGGACGACGAGGCAUUCUUCAACAGCGACGACGACCUGCCUUCCGACAUGGAGCUUGGUGGUGUGGAGCUGGAGCCCAAGGCCGAGGCCUCGGACAACAAGAAGAAGCGCCGCAAGCUCAAGCACCUGCCGACGUUUGCCUCUGCCGACGAUUAUGCGGCACUGCUGGCGGACGAGGACGAGGGUAUGUAG